GCCUCCGCCUAUAAAUACAUCCCUCUUGAUUCCCUUACUUGGCUUUCUCUCUCAUCUCGAUCCCAAUUUCCAUUUUCAGAUUCACAGUAGGGUAUAUCACUCCACCAUAAAAUCCCCAAAUCAAAUUCAAUUUCCCCCCAAAACUGUCAGCUUCAAAGCUAAAACCCUAGAGUGAUGAUUCUUUCUCUCUGUCUCUCUAGGGUUUUAUCACAAUUGAAUUCAAUCCCGCUCUAAAAACAUAUUCAAAUUUGCCCAAUUCGAAGACGGCCCUGAAAGUUAUAUCAAUUGUAAGUGCUCGUAACUCUGUUGCACGCUGAUGCGUUCAUUUAAGCCCACGUAUAGAGAUAUAUAUAGCCACAUUCUGGUUCCCCCCUUCUUCAAUGUUAUUCCAGCUUGUGUCUAGGGUUUAUCUUGAUUUCUUUUUCCUGGAAACGAGUUCCUGAAUUUCUCGUUAUUGGUGGGUUGGAUUAUCUAAGUUCUGAGUGUUUACUGAGGUUUUUGAAGAUUAAGAACCCCCUAAAUGAUUCUUGAAUCUGAACAUGAGCGAUGGAGGUGAAGCUGAAGGCAGGCGAGACGAACACAAUGAUUCAAAUAUGCGAUUUGGUGCUGAUGAAUAUAGUCGAGCAAUAGCAAGGGUUGCGAUGGCUCAGAUAUGCGAGGGCAUUGGGUUUGAGGGAUUCAACGAGUCUGCUCUUGAUUCACUUGCUGACAUUGCGAUUAGGUACGUCUGUGAAUUAGGUAAAACGUCGAGAUUGUAUGCGAAUUUAGCUGGUAGGAUGAGUUGCAACAUCUUUGAUAUCGUUCAAGGGUUGGAAGACAUGGGCACACCCCAAGGAUUUACUGGUGCUUCAGAGGUUCAUUCUGACUGUGUAGUGAGUUCAGGUGCUAUUAGAGAGAUUAAAGAGUAUUUAGAGACGGCUGAUGAGGUACCAUUUGGUCAACCAGUGCCACAUUUUCCUGUGAUCAGUGAACAGAGAAUGAUACCUAGUUUCUUGCAAAUGGGGGAGACUCCAGCUUUUAAGUGUGUGCCACCAUGGUUGCCUGCAUUUCCUGAUCCCCACACGUAUUUACAGACACCUGUUUGGAAUGAGAGGCAAUCUGACGCCCGUACUGAUAAGAUUGAGCUAGCGAGGCAGCAUAGGAAGGCAGAAAGGUCUUUGUUAAGCCUACAGCAGCGGCUUAUAUGUAAUGGAUCAUCAGUGGCUACAACAUCUGAUGAACCAUAUAAUGAAGAAAAUGGGUUAGAAGUUAAUAACAAUGGGAACCUGAUUUUUGAGAAUCCUUUGGAUGCUGGGAAAAUAGUCAUGUCAAAGAUUAGCAUUCCCCCAAAACUUUCUAGUCAAGCUCACGCAGAAAAAAAAGUUUCUUUGUUGGAGACAUUUGCUCCAGCCAUUGAGGCAAUGAAGGAUGGGCUUGAAUCUGGAAGUGAUGGUGAGAAUACAAUUCCUGAAAAGAAGGCUCCUGUAUUUUUAGAGCUCAAGGGGGGUAAGAAAUUAUUCGGUGAACCAUUGGAUUUAAGGAUUCGAAACAAGGCUGUGGGAAGAGCAGCUUUGUGGUUUGGUCAUAAUGGCGAAAAUGAUGACAAAAAGAGGAGGGUUGAGUUUAUACUGCGGCAAUCCUUGGAAAACCAGCAGGAGCUUCCUCAGUAGUAAAUUUGUAGUUCCUUGAACGACAUUAAUGGCUAAUGUUCAAGAAAAUAGCAGUUGAUUAGGUUAGUCAAACUCAAAACAUACAGUAGUUUGUGAUUGUGUAUUUGGUGGUAAUCCAUUUAGGAACGGAACCCAGAUUAAGACAUAUUCGAGAUAUUUCAGGUUUCUCAUUUCUUUGUCAGUCAAUGUGACUGUAUAUUACGUAUGCUGGAUGCUCUAAAGCAAAUGAAUUGUGGUGAUAAAGUGUGUCUAAGUUACAGUACACGAUAAAGAUACAAUUACAUGAUAAUGAUAUUAUCUUCAGACAUGAGAUAACAUUUGUAGCAGCUCACUUGCUUCACAAGGUAAAGUUAAUACACCCUUUUGUUCAAAUCCAAAUUCUCUUUCUGCUGCUUCCAGCAACCUGACAAAAGGAGGAUAUGAAAGCAAGUGCAACCCCACCAGGAACUUCUUCGACUCACCAUUGCCACAAGUCACAACUGAGAAAUGACCGCUCUUAGUGCCACAACUAGGCAUCCAAGACCUUAUUUCCCUACUGAUGAGCAUGCAUUCAGCUGCAGACGUAUUUAAAAAAUGAUUGGUGAGAGAUAAAACAAUCAUGAGGGCCCUGUUGGCGGGGGCUGAAAGGAACGGGGCGAGGGGGAGGAGGAGACAGCCAUGUUGAUGUGGUGCUCCCGAGAGAAUGUUCGUGGACUUCCUUCGACAUGAAGCAUUUAAGAAGUGAAGGAACACUGACUUUGAACUAUACGCCAAAAGGAUGCAUGAAUGUAGCAUGAGUGAUGUCGCAAUUGCGUUUAUGGCAAUGGCUAACUGCCAACCUGGCCCUCUUUAUGAGUAGUUAUGGCCAUUGUUUGCAUUCUCCUUUCCUUUUCUUUUCUAUUUUAUUUUUAAUUUUUUGCUUUUCCCCCUCGAGUCUGACUUGUAAAUGUGCAUUUAGACUAAUUUCAGAUUAUAUAAGUUGAUUGAUGUUGGAAGAAUAA